AUGGAGAUCACCGGCAGAAAUCAGGACGCGACUUGGUCAGACAGCGACCACACAAACUCAAUCUCUCCCAGCGAAACCGCUUCAUUUAAAGAUGCCGAAGCUCAGGCUCCCCCUCCUCUGGAGAAUGAGAAAUACUACGAGGCUGAACAUCGUGGCGGUGUCGAAGAUCCCAACGAUUACUAUCCCAGCGGCUUCCAUCCCGUCCUUCUGGGUGAUUUUCUGGGCAAGAGCAGUCGAUUCCGGGCCAUCAACAAACUAGGAGCCGGCGCACACGGCACGACAUGGUCAUCUCUAAGCACCUUGCCAAAUGCAUCUCUGCCACGUUUCGCCUUUUAUAGUCCCACCAUUGAACACGUCCACGACCUGUACUCGCCCUGUCAGUCCUUCCUGAAAGCCAUCGCCUAUCAGAUGGUUCAUUCCAUGGCCUUUCUUCAUCAGCACGGCAUCUAUCAUGGCGACUUUCGACCCGCAAACGGCAUGUUUUGCUUGCUUCCUGGAGUCGACGAAUGGCCAGAGGAGAAGAUGAUCAAGCUCUACGGCAAACCGAAAAUAGUCCGAGUCCACGCAGUUGACGAGGAGGGGGAACGGGACUUUGAAAUCGAACCGAACGUCUCUCCUUAUCUCAUCCAAACGGCCAACUUCGACCUUUCUUCCGGCGCCUGUUCUUACAAUAUCGCGGUUAUUGACUUUGGCAUGGCCUACUUCCUCGACAAUCCACCCACCAUCUGCGCCACCCCAUUCGAGCUGUCCUCCCCCGAAGGGAUUUUUACCAACGGGCGAUUAGGUUGGCCGGCAGACAUUUGGUCACUCGCCUGCACUAUUCUUUGGACCGUGGCGGGAAGUUACCCAUUCGGCGAUGAAGACUCGGAGUCCACACCAUGGCUUGUCGUAGAGGACGUGGAAAGGCUUAUGGGACCAAUGCCACUGCGCUAUCGUCCCCUGCUCACCAGCUGUGUUAGCGCCGGCAGAGAACUGAGCGAGCGACAGAUGAAUGACCCGUCCAAAUACGCGACUUUCAAUCGUCGGGAAUCUCACGCCUCCACAUACCAUGGCGAUCCCGACGUGAUCAGAAACAGAAUUUUUGUCAAAUAUGUGCUUCCCUGGACAUCGGAGGAGUAUGAGGAGCUCGCCAAACAGGACGAGAUCUGGAGGAAAACAGGACGUCUUCCCAAGUACAUCAAGGCGGCGGGGACUGGAGGUGAAACGAUCUGGCGCCCAAGCCUACUACAUGAUCGCGAGGAUGGCGAGGCUCUGUCGGACCUGUUGCUAUCCAUCUUCAAAUGGGAACCAACUGAGCGUGCGACUACCAAAACCAUGCUGGCACAUCCCUGGUUUAAGGACCACCGCUCUCGUGGUUCUGACAGCCAGUCAGCAUCCCAGCAAGGAUGGAACUAUCUGGCUAGGGGAAAAGGGUUGAUGUGGAUCUUGGGUGGUUUGCUUGUUGGGGUGGUAUCCUUUCGACUUCGCAAGAGAGUUUUGGGCAACUAG